CCGAGGUUGAGGAUAGGACACUGGCUGGCAGCCGGGAGGCUGGGAAGCUGCUGUUCACAUCUAAGUGACCGGUUUCCUGAGUUUCCCGAGCUUCUUCAGACCAGGAACACAAGGGCUUAGCUGCGUGACUGGCUCUGCUCUCUGAACGCUUUUGGAGGUCUCUCUGCCGUUGCUGCUGUGACAGGAACCAUGUCCCGUCUGUGGAAUUGUCUCUUGCUCCCGCUGCUCACUGUCCUUGGAGGCCAGGGCCGGACUCUCAGCAGCAACCCCAGGCUGAAGAUGUCUCACAAGGAUCUGGUUUCCCGAGGUGCAGUCACCUACCAGCUGAAUUAUUCAUGCUGUUACAACACUUUGUUGCUGGAUGAGGAGAGAGGAAAAUUAUUUGUGGGAUCGAAGAAUUACCUUAUCGCUCUCAACCUGGAGAACAUCAGCAAACAUGACAAGAAGAUAUACUGGCCGGCUCCCGUGGAAUGGAGAGAAGAGUGCAACUGGGCAGGCAAAGAUUUACACGCAGAAUGUGCCAACUUCAUCAAGGUGCUACAUCCUUUCAACAGAACUCACCUGUACAGCUGUGGUACUGGAGCCUUUCAUCCAGUCUGUGCCUACGUGGAGGUUGGGAACAAAUGGGAUGAACACCAGUUCAGGAUUGAUUUCAACCAGAUUGAAGAUGGCAAGGGGAGAAGCCCUUACGAUGCCAAACAUCUGUCCACCUCCAUUCUGAUAGGUGAGGAGCUGUACUCUGGCGUAGCCACUGACUUGAUGGGUCGGGAUUUCACCAUCUUCCGCAGCCUCGGGCACCGUCACUCCAUCAGGACGGAGCAGCACGACUCACGCUGGCUGAACGACCCCAAGUUCGUCGGUUCCUUCUGGAUCCCUGAGAGCGACAACCCAGACGAUGACAAAAUCUACUUCUUCUUCCGAGAGAUGGCCGUCGAGGGGCAGAACCUUGGCAAAUCCACCUUCUCCCGAGUGGGCCAACUGUGCCGGAAUGAUCAUGGGGGCCUGAGAAGCCUGGUGAACAAGUGGACAACAUUUCUGAAGGCCCGAUUGAUCUGCUCUGUCCCAGGAAGCGAAGGGAUUGACACUCAUUUUGAUGAGAUCAGGGACGUCUUCUUCCUCCAGACAAGAGAUCGCAGGAACCCUCUAGUCUACACGGUCUUCAGUACUUCAAGUAAUGUCUUUAAAGGCUCAGCUGUAUGUGUGUACAGCAUGAACGACAUUCGCCGAGCUUUCCUGGGACCCUUCGCACACAAGGAGGGGCCAAACUACCAGUGGGUACCGUACCAGGGGAAAGUGCCUUACCCUCGACCAGGAAUGUGUCCGAGCAAAACCUUUGGAGGCUUUCAGUCAACCAAGGAGUUUCCUGACGAUGUUGUGUUGUUUGCUCGUAACCACCCGCUGAUGUACAAUCCCAUCAACCCCAUCAGCCAUCGCCCAAUCCUGGUGAAAACCAAUGUUGACUACAGCUUCACUCAGAUAGUGGUGGACAGAGUGGAGGCAGGUGAUGGACGCUAUGAUGUCAUGUUUAUUGGGACAGAUGUUGGCACAGUUUUGAAAGUGAUCUCGGUACCAAAGGAAAGUUGGCAGAACAUGGAAGAGCUUCUUCUCGAAGAGCUGCAAGUCUUCAAGGACUCUGCAUCCAUAACCAGCAUGCAGCUGUCUUCAAAAAGGCAACAGCUGUAUAUUGGCUCAGAUACAGCAAUCUCCCAGCUGCCCUUACAGCACUGCAGUAUCUAUGGGAAGGCUUGUGCUGAGUGCUGCCUGGCACGUGAUCCCUACUGUGCCUGGGAUGGAAACAGCUGCACCCGGUACCUGGCAAACACCAAAAGGCGAUUUCGACGUCAAGAUGUGAGGAAUGGAGAUCCUAACACUCUGUGUUCGGGAGAUCGUCAUCGGCACAGGGUAACAGAAAAGAAGCUGUACGGGGUGGAGGGCAGCAGUACGUUUCUGGAGUGCAUUCCCAAAUCCCUGCAAGCACAGGUCACCUGGAUGUUCCAGAAGCGCUCAGGAGGCCCAAGAGAUGAGGUUCGGUUAGAUGACCACAUCAUUAAGACCGACCGAGGCUUGUUGCUAAGGAGCAUUCAGCGCAAGAAUGCCGGCACCUACUUCUGUCAUUCCAUGGAGCUCGACUUCACCCAGACCCUCAUGCACAUCUCUCUGGAGGUGAUCCGGCUGGAGCAGGCCGACGAGCUCCUCCGCAAGGACCCCGCUGCAGGCCGGAGCUCGUCCUCGGCCUUCCCCAACCAGAAGGUCUGGUACCGGGACUUCCUGCAGCUGGUCGACCACCCCAGCCUGAAGACGGUGGACGAGAUCUGCGAGCAGGUGUGGAGGCAGAGGACCAAGCAACCCAAGCAGAAGCGCACCUCAGCCCGUCACCUGCAGACCAAGUGGAAGCACCUGCAGGAGGUGAGGAAGGGCCGGAACCGUCGAACGCACAACCUGCCACGUGCUGAACGGGUUCCCCGCAGUGCUGUUGUGCAGUGAUUUUUGAGGAAAGGAGAACCAUUGAUGGAACAAUCCUGGGAGUGAUGGCAAGGACUGAAGUGAUGCCCAGUGGGCGUGUCUUGCACCAACCUUCUCUGCACAACGUUUACAUGAACCACUGAGUGAAAGGACACUUCUCUCACUAUUGAAACCACUAUGACACUAACAUCCAUCACUUUAUGUUCUAGUGUGUUAGGAAUUACUUCUCAUAUUUAAGGCUAUGGAUAGCAAUAAUAAGUACUAGGGCUUAUUAGGAUUGCCAGCAAUCUCUUAGGUCUUGGGAGGCUUGUUCUGUCCCUUUGGGUUUCAUGAUAGAUGCAUCUCAUGCCUUGGGAGAGCCUUCCCCCUCUUUCCAACUAUCUCAAGAACAUUGCCUGAAGAAGGGAUGAGGCCUUGCUGGCUGGCCAAGAGUUUUUAACCCUUUGUGGCUCACGUAAUCCAAAUACUGCCAACUUUUCAAAGUGCAAGGUGGCAUCGUCAAUGGGCAAAUUGAUAAAACAUCCAUGUAACGGAAGCCCAAAUACCCUUCAUUCUGUGCCCUUGGACAAACUGGCACCUUGUCAAUGUGUUACUGUGCUUGGCAUCACUGCCUCAGAGUUAACUCAGCUGAGUUACACUCCAAAUAGUAGAUAGAACAACCCACAAAUUGUUUAGCUUUGGAUAUGUAUGGGCUGAAGAGGGUUAAUUGAAGAUUUGGAGUUUUCCUGAAGAAAGCGAUGCUCUAGUGAAACUUUCUCUUUUCUUUUGAUUCGACCCUUUAGUAAGGUGUUGGUGCCUAUGGGACUUGCUGCUACACUUCAUGCCUGUUAAUUGAUAAAGCAGGCACCGCAUUAUACAAUAACAAAGUUUGCCCAUUCACAUUUCAUCACUCCAUGCUCUGGACAUUAGAGAAGCCUGGGUCUCAAAUCAUUCUACUCCUGAUGAAUGUACGACACAGUAAUAGUCAAGAAUUACCACGCACAUGCAAAAAGGAACUUCAGAGAAAGUGCCUUGAAAAGUACUCAAGCCUGGUCUAGAGAUUAACAAACGAAUGAACGUUGAUGAAUCUGCUUCUUUGAACAUAAACUCAACAGCGGUGACUUUGUGAAAGGAAGAUGGGAGACUUUGGGAAGGGUUAGUCAAAGACAUCGUAAACAAGCAGUAAUUUUCCAACUUCUCCCCUAUAUAAAUCAGAUUAUGUCUCGUCGGUGCUUCGAGUGGGGAAGAAGAUGAUGGGGGUGGAGGGGGAGAGGGUGGGUGGUCCAGUUAGAUAGGUAACUAGCACAGAAUGCAGGACAAAGGACAAAUUGGUCAUCACAAACAAGAUCAACAAGUCAGAAGUUACUUAUAAUAUAAUCACCGCACUGACUCCAAAAUUUCAGCCUAUGCUGAGAAAAAUUGCAACCAAUGCCUUACGACCUUUCUAUUGGGGGUUAUAUAUUGAAUGUCAUGGGGAAGUGAUGAGUACUGUAUUAUUUGUGAGGUACAAUUUGUGUUACGCGAUGAGGUACUAAACUGUCACUCUUUAUAAUUACAUGUUUCCAAUAAACUGUUUUGAUCAUUAAAGUGUAGAUUUAAGGCAAGUUAUGUGUGCAUGGCAAUUGGCUAAAUGUGGGACUAACUUGUGCGGAGUUGAAACUUCUGCAUUGGUACUAAUAAUUAACUGAAACAAGAGACAUUCUGCUGAGGAGCAUGGCUAAAACCCACGCUGAGAGCAGCCAGUUACUUGGUGCCCGCUUGCUGACUCAAAGAAAAGGGGAUUGAUGUGAAUUGCCAAGAAUGGGAUGGGAGUGGGGGACGUGGGCCAACGUAGCAAGGGAGAGAAGUAGGUGGGUGAGUGAGACAAAGCUCAGAUACAAAAUGCUGCAUUCUCAAUAAGCUGAUAUGAGCAGUGGGGUGACCGGGGUGCGGGAAGAGGGAUGAGGUAAAGGGGCACAAUUUUGUUUUUCCAAAAAGUACAGUCAGCCAAAACUGAAACUUGAGAGGAAAGGGGUAACCAAGACUCUUACAAAAAUAGUCAUGGUGACAGGUACUGCACAAGGUGAAGAGUGAGGAGCUGGUCAGGUUGAAAAUCAAAACAAACAGGGUUUUUGGUUACAAACAUACGGACUAGGAGCACAAGUAGGCCACUUGGCCCUUCAAGCAGAGGAUAUUUAGCCUCUCAUCCCCUUUAUUUCUGCCUCUCACUUUUUGUGUCUCUGUGUCUGACUGCAUACCUCUCUCUCAUCUGUCUAUAUUUCUCUCUAUCUCUUCCUGUUUCUGUCUCUCACUCUCUUGGGGGAAUGGGAAGGAGUUUGGCGAUCUGAUCUUGGAAGUGAAUGGGGAAGAGGGAGCUAGUUUGGCUCAGCAGAUUUCUUUGUGUGUCUUUCAGUCUUUCUAUCUUGCUCUCUUUCUUUCUCUUGUCUCUCUCUUUGUGUAGCUAUGUUUAUCUCUCUCUGUGCACUACUUUAAGUCUCGAGUAGAACUAGGGGUACAGAAUAAAACCAGUUAAAUGCUGCCAUGGGGGAUCUUUAGGAACUAUCUGGAUGGAUGAACUAAGAUGGGCUAAAUGGCGUUACUCAUCAUUAAUUAUCUUGUGAUAUGAAUUGUGUGUUUAGAUCCAAAAUGUACUUGGCUGAGAAACUGGUUUACCUAGAAUAUAUUAUUCUCAAAAAAUUAGUGGUAGUAACUAUUUCUGGUUAUUUUGCAGUCAAAGGGAUAAUUAUUGUUAGGGACCGUGCUGAAAGAGAUUUUAAAAUGUACUGAGGACACAGGAACAUCAUGCCACAGCACUGUUUGUAGUGAAGUCUUGGCUGUUCUUACUAAGAAUAUGUUUUGGAUUUUGUUACCAGUUAUGAGGAAGUUAUUCACUUUGGGCUAAUUAAUCAGACACCGCGCUAAUGUUCCAACAAAUCAUUACGGUAAGGGAUCUUUCACUUCUGUCAGGGUUGGAAUUGGCCAAGACCUGAGUGUUUAGCACUGAAGAAGAAGCUUAAUAAGGAGGUUUUGAAGAAGCUUGUAGGGGCAAGUGGAGCAUUAGCUGGCUUGUGGGGUUGGGGAGUAACGGGGGCCAAGACUGCUGUUCCCGUCAGUACGGAGCAGAGGGAGUCGGGUGAAGAAGGUGCUGGAAUGAGAGGACCAAAGAGGCAUUGGAUGGGAUACAGGAGUUGAUGUCGAAGACCACAGAAGUGAUUGAGGAUGGGGUUGGUAGACCAGGAGGACUUGGUGAGUGACAGGAUGAAGGCGGCAGAGCUUUAGACAGGGUGGAUUUUGUGUUGUGGAAGUCGGAAAGCCAGUGAAGAGUCCUGGUGGAGAAGACAAUCCGACCAUAGCAGAAAAAUGGAUAAGAAUUUCCGUGGGGGUGGAUGGUGUGAGCUGGGGACACAGAUCAGUGAUGAUGAGGAAGUGGAAAUAAGCAAUCUCAGUGUGGGGCAGGAUGUGGAGUUUGAAGCAGAGCUUAGGAUCAAACAGAGCACUGAAGUUCGAACUAAGUGACCAGUGGAUCAGAUAUUUGGAAGGAAUUAGGUAACGUGGUUCCUGACUCUCAAUCUUCACUUAGGACCAGAAUUUUAGCCAACUGGAUUGAGCACUUCUCUUACCCAUUGCACUAUUAAAUCCCCAUUGGAGAGAGAGAGAACCUUUUUCUAUUGUCUAGAUUGUAUUCGAACCUGAGUGUUGGAGGACAAUGUUCGUGGACACGGUGACAUCUGUCAUUCUGCCCGGCCUACAUUUUAAGCUUGAGUCUCACACUUGAAACAAUAGCAUUAUAGCUCCUAUCCAGCUGCCUAACCUUAAUCUUCUGCCUGGGCUUUAUCUAGAGGUCUGAAUAGGGACACUACAGCACUCUAAACUACCGAGCCACCCGAUCUCCCCAGAUGCUGAGUGCAACCAGAUAAAAGCGAUGGACUGGUAAAGACCAUCAGGGUCUUGAGCCCCACACAGACCUGAUGUUUCAGCAUUAUGAUUCACAUAAACCACCCACCAACAGCCAUAUGAUCCUCUAUAAGAAGCAGAAAAGACUGGCUCAAAAAAAUUGGACUCCAAUUUUGGGUGGGGGGUGGUGAAUAUCUGAAAAAUUACAUCUUUCCCCCUUUUGGGCAAUCCAAAUUAGUCCAGCAUAUUGUCCAUGAUUUAUAUUACAUAGUAUUCCCCCGAUCUCUGGGAUGCUGUGAUCUCUGUCCCAGGCAGGAACGGGUCCAGCUCUCUUUUUGGACGUAGGCCGUGAAUCAGCACUCGGCACACAAGCCAGUAACUUGCUCCAGAUGUCUGCUUUCCUCUGGGAAAAUACCCUGACAUCUAAACCUAGUUCUGCCCAUGUGUAAUUUAAAUGUCUGGCCCCUGCUCCCGCCUAAUCUAUCUCAUUACAAGGAUUUGUCAAUAUGUGCACAUUCUGGUCCGUUCGUUAUUUCAAACAUUUGAUUAGAUUUCCUCACUGCAUCCUGAAAGUAAAAGUGCCUAACUGUUACUAGUAAUAGCUGAUCUGGGUAACAAAGGAUCUUUAUUUUUAUGGCCGUCCCUUUGAACCUAUUCCAAAGCCUCUGCAUCACUAACCAUUUGAGGUGACUUAAGCCGGACGCGUGUUCUAAGUGUUCUAACCAAAGCCUGAUACAUGCCAAAAGGCAUGGUUUGUUUUCCACUAAAACACCUUGCCGAUACAACCUAAUAACCCUGCUUGUUUUCACUAUCGCUUCACGGCAUUGCUCAUGAAUUUUAAGGGAAGUGUGUGCUAUCACGCCAACACCUCUUUCUUUUGCCAACAGCCUUCAGCUCUGUGCCCUUGUUGAGGCUUGGUGCGAGUUAUAUUUGGGCAGCAGAAUUUUGGAUGAGCUCAAGUUUACAGAGGGUGCAAUUUAUCGAAGUUGUAUAACAUUGGUCAAACGCAGAGCCAUUCCCCCAUUCAUUGCAUCGAGAUCCGCUUGCAGUAGUUUAAUGUCACCACAGACCUAACAGCCUCACAUAGCAUCAACUAAUAUACAAUGGUCUAAUGGUGAAAUUAAUGGAUGAUACUAAAAUGCUCACUAAUACGUUUCCAUAUUUUGUCAAAACUCACUGUAUUGCUGAAAAAAGAGACAUGUCUAAGCUUUUGCCACUUGCCAAACAAUCAGCACUCUCUUCACAUGUAGUAUAAAUUGUUGUUUUCCUGAUAUUGAUAUUCUCCUGAGGUAUCCUGAUGAGUGUGAGAUGAAAAGCUUAGGCAUGUCUCUUUUUUCAGCAACACUCAAGUUCUGUACUACCAAAUGACUAGAACUCACUGUCUUAAACCAAAGAUUAUGUAAACUGUCAGUCUCUGAAACAUAUUCCCGAGGUUUCAGUAUAUGGCGACUUAAAGAAUACACCUGCCUUUUCAAUACUGUACAGACAGUGAUGUGGUUUUUAAUUAUUUCGUAUUAAUGUCUAAAGUUUCUGUCAAUAAAAUUUUAUCAUAUCACUCAA